UUAAAGUUUACUGAAAGUUCACCCAUCUUGCAUCCAUCACUUUUACUCGUAAAUCACCAUCAACGAGGAGUCGGAAUAGGGGAAACUAGUAUAAGCUUUAUGAAAGAAGAUGGUUUUAAUCAAAGAAUAUAGAAUUUGCAUGCCUAUGACUGUCGAGGAGUACCGCAUAGGUCAACUGUAUAUGAUAGCUCGUCAUAGCUAUGAACAAUCAAAUAAUGGCGAGGGCGUGGAGGUAAUCGCCAAUGAGGAAGUAAAUGACGAGGCUAAUGGAACAGGACAAUUUACUGAGAAGAGGAUACAUUUAUCCAGUCACCUUCCUUAUUGGAUCCAAUCUUUCCUUCCAAAAAUAUUUUAUAUAACAGAAAAAGCAUGGAAUUAUUAUCCAUAUACAAUUACGGAGUAUACGUGCUCUUUUAUACCAAAAUUCUCAAUUUCUAUUCAAACAAGAUAUGAGGAUAAUAAUGGAACAUCAGAAAAUUGUCUUGGUUUGACUUCAGAAGAAUGUGAAUCAAGGCAAAUUGAUUUUAUAGAUAUUGCAUACGAUGAAAUUAAACCACAUCAUUAUAAAGAGGCGGAGGAUCCGAAGUUUUAUAAAUCAGAGAAGUCGGGCAGGGGACCGUUACCUGAGGGCUGGAUGCAAACACAACAACCCAUUAUGUGCUGUUAUAAAAGUGUUAAUGUUAAAUUUGAAGUGUGGGGCUUACAAACAAGAGUAGAAGAGUAUGUACAAGGGGCUAUUAGAGAUAUCCUUUUACUUGGCCAUCGGCAGGCAUUCACUUGGAUGGAUGAAUGGUUUAAUAUGACUAUUGAAGAUGUUAGGAAUUAUGAGAAGGAUAUGCAAGAGAAGACCAACAUGAAGAUAAAGGUUUGCUUAGAUAAUGCGGAGGAAUCAGAGAAAGCGAAGGAAACAUCACAACCCCAAACUCCAAAGUCUCCGAAAACUCCAAAAAGUGGUUCCAGUACACCAUCAGCUGAAGGCAGGUCAUGGUUCAACUGGUCAUGAAUUAUUUCAAACAAUAGUUAAUUAGAUCUCAAUGUAGUAAUAGGGUUAUGUUUCGACAUGUGUUCAACGGUUGCCUUGAACCAAAGAGCAAGGAAAACUAGCUACCAUUCGGUU